AUGGCACUUCAGCGUAUUCUAGUACUUUUCAAUAUUCUCCUCUUUGGUAGUUCAUUGAGGUUAGUAGAAUCAUUAAUCGAUGGUGGAAAGAUUGUAGUAGGGAACAACGAGACCGAUCGACGACUUGCUUUGCUGGAGUUCAAGAAGCAAAUAAUUAAUGAUCCAUAUGGAACACUAAGUUCUUGGAACAAUUCCAUCCAUUUCUGCAACUGGGUAGGGAUUGUAUGUUCCAAUCUUCAACAACAACGGGUUAUCAGCUUGGAUUUACAAGGGAAGGGCUUGGGAGGUAACAUAUCUCCUUCCAUAGGGAAUCUCACUUUUCUGCAACAUCUCAACAUGGGAGAGAAUAGCAUCCAUGGCAGAAUCCCCCAAGAGAUGGGUAAUCUGAUUAGCAUACAACUCAUUAGUUUUGAAAACAACACUCUUGAAGGAGAACUUCCUUCCAGCUUGGCCAACUGCACUAGUCUAACACAAAUUUACUUCAACAAUAACAAUCUUGUCAGGAAGAUUUCAGGUGAACCAUUUACAUCUUUGUCAAAGCUUGAGGUAAUAACUAUUAGUGGUAAUGGUUUGACAGGAGAAAUACCAGCUUUUUUUGGGAACCUUUCCUCCCUUCAAGAUCUCUCUUUGGACGGAAAUGCACUGCAGGGAACCAUUCCAAAAUCCCUUGGUCAGCUUUCAAACUUAUAUAUUCUAGCAAUUGGUAGAAACAACCUAUCUGGUAUGGUCCCUCUCUCACUAUACAAUCUUUCAUCUCUUCAAAUGUUUAAUCUCCAACAAAACCAACUGCAUGGGAGUCUCCCACGAGACAUAGGUCUCACUCUUCCAAAUCUCAAAGUACUAAUACUUGGACAAAACCUUUUCUCAGGGACCAUUCCGAAUUCGAUUGCCAAUAUUUCAACACUCGAGCUUUUUUAUCUCGAUCAAAACAGUUUUGUUGGACCCGUCCCUAAUAACUUUGAAAAUCUUCAAAACCUUCAAACAUUCGAUAUUGAUGGUAAUCAAUGUGGAACUGGGGAAGCUAAUGAUUUGGAUUUUGUAAAUUCUUUGCUCAAUUGUACAAAUCUAAAUGUUUUGUCCCUACAAAUUAAUGGUUUUAAGGGUCCCCUUCCGAAUGUCAAAGCCAAUCUCUCAACACAGCUCUCAGUGCUUUAUUUGGGAAGGAAUCAAAUAUAUGGAACUAUUCCUUCUGUGAUUGAGAAUCUCGUCAACUUAACUGGAUUGGGCAUUGAGGAGAACUUUCUCGAAGGUAAUAUUCCAUUUGUUAUAGGGAAACUUCCGAAGCUUCAAAGAUUAUACUUGCUUUAA